AUGGUGCCGAACACGGUUAAUUCUAAAAUUAAAAAGGCGGGUAAUGCCGACCCUGAUGCUUUCGAAGCAUCCAUAGCCCAAGCUUUGUAUGAAUUAGAAAUGAAUAGUGAUUUAAAGGCUCAACUUAGAGAGCUACACAUCACUAAGGCAAGAGAGAUUGAACUUCAUAAUAAGAAAUCUAUUAUUAUCUAUGUACCAAUGCCUCAAUUAAAGCAGUUUCAAAAAAUUCAAACUAGAUUGGUUCGUGAGCUCGAAAAGAAAUUUAGUGGGAAACAUGUUGUUUUUAUUGGUGACAGGAAAAUUUUGCCAAAACCCACGAGGAAGACGAGAACUAAUUCUAAACAGAAAAGACCAAGAAGUCGUACAUUAACAUCGGUUUAUGAUUGUAUUCUCGAAGACUUAGUGUAUCCAGCUGAAAUAGUUGGAAAAAGGAUACGAGUUAGAGUAGAUGGAUCCCAGUUGACAAAAGUACAUUUGGAUAAAUUGCAGCAAACUAAUAUUGAACAUAAGAUUGAUACCUUUGCUUCAAUUUAUAAAAAGUUAACUGGAAGGGAAGUGACAUUUGAAUUCCCAGAGCCUUACCUAUGA